AGGAAGCCAUCUCGUCUAGAGGGCGUUUAGAGUGAAUACAGCAAGACUAUGUUUUGACCAAAAAUACCCCCAAAACUCCUUUCUACUGCUCAUAAACAUGACUGUCUGGAGAAAACUAAAUACUCCAGCCAAUGGAGUAGUUAUAUAUAAUUUCAACCACAAAGGACCCCACAAACUGCAGUUACAACUUGGAGAGACAGUGCAGAUACACGAGGAGAAUGGAGGAUGGUAUAGAGGGUUCUCUUUAAGGAACAAAGAUGCUUUGGGGAUAUUUCCUAUUUCAUAUGUUAAAAUCAAAGAAAACAAAAUAGAAAAUGAAAGGGAUAAAGAAGAAGAGAAUAGUAUUGUAGAAGAGGUGACAUCAGUCUUGAGGGAAUGGGGAUACAUGUGGCAAGGAAUUUAUUUGAAAAGAGAAGAUCAAUUAUUUACGACGGUCAGAGAACUAAUGAUGGAUCUGAUGGAAUGGCGAAGACAGAUACUGUCUGAAACGCUACCAGGAGAUCAACUCAAGCAACUCAAACAAAAAGUUACAUCAACUGUUGACUAUGGCAACAGGAUAAUUGGAUUAGAUCUUGUAGUGAGAGAUGAUGACGGCAAUGUAAUUGAUCCAGAUUCAACAGGAGUGAUUGAACUCUACAGAAGGCAUUUAAGUACUUCAGAAAAGAUAACCCAGUCUGUAGGAUUACCAGGGAAUGAGGAAACGAAAAGAAGAAGAGAAACAAGUAUAUCCAGUACCUACAGUGUUUACGUCAAUAUUAAAAAUGUAGUCUGUAAUAUCAACGAUGAUGCCCAGGUAUUCAUCUCUCUGUAUGAUGGAGUUGAAGGCCGGUUUAUAAGUGAACAAUACCUUGUAGAGUGGGAUAAAGCUGGGAUGCCGAAGGACAUCGAUAAAUUAUACAAUCUUACUGUGCUUUUUACUGAUCUUGGAAUUAAAGAUCUAAAGAGAGACAAGAUGUACCUUGUCUGUAAGAUAGUCAGAUGUGGUCGUAUGGAUCUAAAAGAACAAGACAGCAAGCGAUUAUCUCACAAUAUUAGGAGGACAUUUGGAAUUGCAGUGUUGUAUAUCAGUGACUUCUUGGCUGGUAAUGUUCAAUAUGAGGAUGAGAAAGAACACUUUCUUCAUUUGAUUCCAAUGCCAGAUCAGUCAUUUGAUGCAUUUGUCAAAAAAAUCAUAUCUUCUCCAAUGCCAGAUGUUAGAGGAUCUGGACAAGGUAUCUGGGUUUCCAUCAAACUACUUGAAGGUGAUGCCCAGCAGAUUCAAGAGGAACACCCUCUUCUGAUGAACAGACACACAGCCAUCGCACGAAAACAAGGGUUUGCAGAAGUAAUCAUGCCAGGUGAAUACAGGAAUGAUCUGUACAUAACAAUUUUCAAUGGAGAAUUCGAAAGAGGACAUAAAAGCGCAAAUAAAAACAUCGAGGUGACCAUGAACGUUCUCUCUGAUGAUGGUAACAUUCUGGAGAAUGUUAUCAGUUACGGUGCAGGGGAGCAGCUUAUCAGUGAAUAUCGUUCUGUUAUAUUCUACCACAACGCCAAGCCUGAGUGGAAUGAACCUGUCAAGGUCGUGGUUCCCAUUGAACAGUUUUAUACUUCCCAUCUACGGUUCACUUUCAAACACAGAUCAAGCAUUGAAGAUAAGGACAAGUCCCAGAAGAUAUUCGCUUUUGCUUUCUUGCGAUUAAUGAAUCGGGAUGGAACUACACUGUCUGAUGGCUGCCAUGAGUUGAUGGUGUACAAAUGUGACUUGAAAAAGGUAGAAUCUUCAACAUAUCUCAAACUAGCUUCGCUAAAACUCGAGCAAACACUGAUGACACCUCCCGCCAAAGGAAUGGCGGGUUCUGUGGCUUACGCAACUGACAAGUUCUCCAUCAAGUGUUUGCUGUGUUCAACCAAACUCACCCAAAACCUGGAUCUUCUUGGUCUGCUCAAGUGGAGAGUGAUGCCUGGCAAGUUAAAGGAUAUUUUGGUCACUGUCAUGAAAGUCAGUGGGGAAGAAAUCGUUAAGUUUUUGACAGACACGUUCGACGCUCUUUUUGCCAUCCUGACUGAGAACGCUAAAAAAUACGACAAACUUGUGUUUGAUGCUUUGGUGUUUACGAUAAACCUUCUGGCUGACAAGAAGUACCAUCACUUCAGACCUGUUCUGGAUGCUUAUAUCGAGACACGGUUUGGAGCUAUCAAGGUCUACGGUACUCUUAUAAAUGUGCUGAAGGAAUACAUCGAAUGCGCGGGCAAGAAACAAGGGUCGGACAGGAAUAAAUUGGAUCAAGUACUCAAGGCAAUGAAGGGUAUGGAGUACAUCUUCAAGUUCAUAGUCCAUUCUCGACUCCUGUACGAAAGAGCGGUCAGCGGUAAGGGCAAAAACGAGUUCCAGGAUGACAUGCGCAGUUUGUUUCAGGCUCUGGUACAGCUGAUGGAGAACACCAAAAAUGAGACUCUUCUUAUUCAGGGUGCUGCUUUGAAGUAUUUUCCCGCUUCGUUCGCUGAUUUGUUGAGAGUUUUUGAUGCCAAGGAACUUGGCUACUACGCCAGAGAAUUCAUUGAGAAGAUUCCAGAGAAACGAUUGACAUCUCAGAAAAUGGACUGCAUUCAAAAUAUGAUCAAAAGCCCGCUAUUUGAGAAUGAAGACUCGCGAUGUGUUAUUCUGCCUAUGGUUGUGAGUCAGCUGAGUAAAGAGAUGGAGAAGAGUGAAGAGAUAAAGAUCUGCAUUGAUAUCUUGAGUAAUAUCCUGGUCACCCUGAUGAGACGAGAUGUGGGCUUGACACACGAAGACGUUUUAUUCCUGGUAACAUCCCUGCUUCGUGUGGUUGUCAAAGUUGUCAUAAGRCAUCAGCCUGUAGUGGGGAACUAUGUGGCAUGUUUGACGGCCAUGCUUCAACUGAUGGAUGAAGAACACUAUCGAAAAUACGUCAACAACUUCAUGUCUAAAGAAGAACUCAGGGAUUUUCUGGUGGAACUGUUUCUGUUGUUUGGCGAGUUUGUCAGCAAUAAUGUUUAUCCAAGGGACUGGAUGGUUAUGACCAUGGUUCAAAAUGGGGUGAUCUUGAACGCUAUCCAACAUUUCUCAGAAGCUCUUCUCACCAUGUUUUUACGUGGUGAUGAUUUUGAAGUUCAGCUUUGGAACAACUUUUUUCAUUUGUCAGUCGCCUUCAUCACACAAGAAUCUUUACAACUUGAAAACUUUAGCUCGGCGAAGAAAGACAAAAUUCUUGAAAAGUACUCCGAUAUGCGCAUGAUCAUUGGACUGAAGAUCAACAGCAUGUGGCACCAUCUGGGAGCACAUAAGACCAAGUUCAUACCUGGUCUUGUUGGACCUUUCCUGGAAAUGACUCUACUACCACAGAAAGAUCUCAGGAAGGCAACAAUCCCAAUAUUUUUCGACAUGAUUGAAGUAGAAUACCGAACUUCUGGGGGAUUCGUUAAUGUGGAGACAGAAAUGUUCCGCAAGCUUGAUGUGCUGGUUGAAGGUGGCAAAGGAGAUGAAGAAUACAAAGAACUCUUCCAAAAGACGCUGGGUGAUUUGUUUGUAAGUCACCCCCAACUCAGUAGCCAAGGGCAGUUGUUUGUCGAGGGCGUUACUAAGCUCAUGGAAAGACUGCUGGAUUAUCGUACCGUGGUACAAGGUGAUGACAACAUUGAUAACAGAAUGAGUUGUACUGUAAAUGUACUGAAUUUUUACAAAAACAUCAGGAGAGAGGAGAUGUUCAUACGAUAUGUCUACAAACUCUGCGAUCUGCACUUGUCUGUUGAUAACUUUACUGAGGCUGCCUACACUCUGCGGUUACACGCUGACCUGUUGGAGUGGUCAGACGAACAGGUAUUCUCAGGUCAAGGGAAGUACAUAGCAGAGACGCAACGUCAAUUGAAAGAAUUGCUUUACAAAGACAUUAUCUUGUACUUUGAUAAGGGAAAGAGUUGGGAAGAAGCCAUCUCGAUGUGCAAGGAGCUGGCCAAGCAAUACGAAGAGCAAACGUUUGAGUACAUCAAACUAAGCGAGCUUCUUAAACAACAAGCGAAGUUUUACGAUAAUAUCAUCACUCAAGUACGCGGUGAACCAGAGUAUUUCAGAGUGGCUUUCUACGGGAAAGGAUUCCCUACUUUCCUUAAGGACAAAGUGUUUGUUUAUCGCGGUAAAGAAUACCAGAGACUAUCUGACUUUGGCGUUAAACUACAGAGCCAAUAUCCAAGUGCUGAGAAUCUGAAGUAUCUCUCAGCACCUAAAGAUGAUGUCAGGAACUCCAAUGGACAAUUUCUGCAAAUCAACAAAGUCGAUCCAGUCCCCGUUGCGCGGCGGAAAUUUAUUGGCAAAAAUGUCAUGGAGCAAAUAACCAAAUUCUAUGACGUCAAUCACGUGAACACGUUUCAGUAUUCUAGAAAGUUCCAUCAAGGUCAAAAAGAGAAGGACAACGAGUUUAAGACGAUGUGGCUAGAGAGAACGGUUCUCUACACCAGUUACAAGUUUCCUGGAAUACUCUGCUGGUUUGAAGUCACUAAUAGUGAUAUGGAACUGAUCAGCCCCAUCCAGUACGCCCUGGAGACUAUGAUAUCAGUCAACAAAGAACUGAGAAGCGUGAUUGGUCAACAAAAAGCUGACGUCAAACUCAAUAUUAAUCCACUGAGCAUGAAACUUCAAGGCAUCGUGGAAGCUGCUGUGCAGGGUGGGACAGCGAACUAUGAAAAGGCAUUCCUCAUACCACAAUACCUCCAACAGAAUCCUGACCAUCAGGGAUAUGUAGAACAACUGAAGGAGCUCCUAGUUGAACAGAUUGACAUCCUCGAAGAAGGAAUACAGCUGCAUUCAACUCGUGUGUCAGAUAAUCUGAGACCGCUGCAUGAUUUGAUUGAGAAGAAAUACAAGGACCUCAAACAACACGCUGAGCAAUGGAGAAAUAAAACUAAAGUAUACGUACCAGUGAAGCGUUCAGCCCGUCCUCUUACCAUUCAAAGAAAGUCCGACGAGAAUAGAACAUCUUUUGACAACUCUUUCAACGGGAUUCCAGAAUCUCCACCACCUCCCAUCCCCAUCAAGAACACUCCUACUGUAGCAGCAGUUGAUACCCCACCACCCAAGCCCCCUCGACCUUACUCCAAGAAACUAGAAGAAAAGCCACCGUUACUCCCAACAAAGAGCACUAGAAAAACAUCAGAACAACGUUCUAGUGGGGGGUCGCGCAGCUCUGGAGAGACAGAACCACCCGAAAUUAAUCAGUCCCCAGCCCUACCUCCUCGUAGACCAACACAGAAAGUCCGAAACAAUGAUCAAACACCUGUUGAACAAGCCCCGAGUAUAGCCCCCAGGGUGCCUUCACCGCCCACUGCUGUUGACUCACCUCCAGUCCCUCCAAAAGGCAAACGCGGCGAGAGCACGAAAAUGUAAGGAGCCUGGAACUCAAACAAAACCAUUUUAUUCUAAAUGUUCUAAAAGCUAAAUACAUUAAAAAAAUUCCUGUAUUAAUCACAUUCUUUUAAGUUAACUAGUAAAAUGUUAAAGAUUAACAAGCUACACACGUGUGAAGGAAAUAGAACGUUUGCAUGAUGGCGUCUUUGACCUCUACAAUCAGACUCCCUUGCAUACUCUCUUUUUGUUCAGUUAAUUAGCACCAAUUGUCUUACUAUUCUCAUGAGGGAAUACCAAUUCGAAUAAGAAAGAAAAUUUGCGAAGCAUCUUGGUAAUGGUAGUAAAAUGACGCCAUCAUGCAAACGUCCUAUUCUAGUCUUUUACAUUCAAAUCUUUGCUUUUAUAACGUUUCUAGCAAGAAUAUCAUAUAUAUAUUUUUAACAUUUCUCAUGAAUAGAUUUUUUAUAAACACUUAGGUUUUAUUUUACUACACAUGACUGAAAUACCGCUGACCACAAGAAGCGAAGGCUUUAAAAUGAAACACACCAUAGAUGGACGAAUCAUUAUUUACAGGAGAGAGAACGAGUGAAAAAUCGGUCAAAUUUUAAUUCUUUUUUCGAGUCCUCUUUCAUACUGAUUUGCGGAGCUGAAAAUUCUAGUACCCCUCUUAAACAAGAAAUAUUUAGUGGAAAACACCGAACCUCCACACAUACUCUUGUCGGUGUCAAGAAACCCCCACCCCUCCCUCCAAUAAAUGAUGAACGGUCCAUGAAUUUUAAUAUAACUAGAGCAAUUGAAUAGAGCUGCACAACUACUUUAUUCUUAACACUAAUAACUAAUAUUUUUUAAUUAUUAUCACUCUUAUUACGACAUUCUUUGUUUUAAAAGAGAAAUCGUCUGAAUGUAACAUUUUCAUAUCAUCUAUUAUUUUAAAAAUAAUUCUAGUUUUAUAUAUAUUAAUGAUUAGAAAUGUUAAAUUAAUAAAAAUGUUUGGAUAUCUAUUCGCAAAUUUACCAGGAAAGGUUGUCUUGCAAAGCUGAAAUUCUUAAUAUUAUUCUAAGAUAUUCUGAUUGUCUCACAGCAAUCUCGUAACAAGAGCCCACGUUUCUUUAGGUCAGCAGCGAGAAACGAGUUUUUUCGUUACUAACCAAAAGGAACGUGGGCGCUGGGUACGAGAUUGGUCUCAGGAAAAAAGGGCUCAUUUUCAAACUGUGAAAGUGAAAACACAUUUUAUUUGGUCAAUUUAAGAUAACCUUUUCUGAAUGUUCGCUGCAUGAGACCAUAAAAGUAACGAGCUUCAUAUUGAUUGACACUGAAAAAGAUGUAUUUCAUCAUAGCACCAUUUUAUAUUGAAUGAAAGUAUAUUCUAAGACGUA